GGCCUAGCCUAACGUUGGCGCAAAGUUAUGGUGUAAUGUGGCACAAGUUCAUACUUGGUUGCAAUUGCUUAUGUUUUUAGUGGUUCUGUGUUGCGACAGUUGGUGGAACUGAAAAAUGGGGAGACCUACAAUGGACAUUUGGUUAACUGUGAUACUUGGAUGAACAUCCAUCUCCGUGAAGUCAUAUGUACCUCUAAGGAUGGAGAUAGAUUUUGGAGGAUGCCCGAAUGUUACAUCCGUGGGAAUACGAUUAAGUAUCUUAGAGUUCCUGAUGAGGUGAUUGAUAAAGUUCAAGAAGAGACCAAGAGCCGUUCUGAUAGGAGGCCACCUGGAGUAGGGCGCGGAAGAGGUAGAGGAAGAGAAGAUGGCCCUAAACCAAAGGGGAUUGGCCGUGGCAUAGAUGAUGGAGGUGCUAAAGGCACAGGUGGAGGUCGAGGCAGGGGUGGGGCUGGUGGAAGGAUUGCUGGAAACAGAGACUAUGGAUUUGAUGACAGGUGGAGGACGAGGCCGAUGAUGCAUGUAGAAGGUGAUACAAGUAGAAGGCUGGUUUUUGCUACUUCUAGUAAAGAUGCAUCUGGCUUGGCUUGUCCGUGGAGUGACAUUCUUGAACAUUGCCUUUUGACAAUUCCCGUGUUCAAGGACUUCCGUAUUAAGUUUGACCAAUUGGUCGAGUUGGCUCGGUUGAGGGGAAGGGUUGAUUUUGGAUAGAAUAUUUGUGUGUUGCUAUGGAAGGACUUGCCUUUCAAGUGUUAUUGAAAUUUGUAUUUUGGUUUAUAUGUUGCAAGCUCGUUUUGACGAAACAGCCAGAUCAUGAGGAUGACAACUGCUGAUUAUCCCUUUGCAGUCAUCCUGACGGAUGUUUCCAGUCCCUUUUGUUGUAUGAUGCUUAAGUUAAACGUUUGAAACUAUAAAUUGGACGAUUUUGCUCCUCUUUUUUGUUGCAAAAAAUUGUUUGUUGAGACUCAUUACUUAUACUUCAAAUGCGCAU